AUGGCCGACUUUAGGCAAUGGGCUAUAGAAUUUGUUCUUGCCGAUAAUGAGGGGCAACAAACAGCGAUAGCGCAAAAAGCUGCCAAAGAAAUCCAGACUGCCCCUGCCAACACCAAUCCACUGGCAAAAUGGGUCGAGGCCGUGCAGCCGUGGAUGCCAGGAGGUGGCAAUGAGGCCGAAAACGAGACACCAGACUGGACUGCCAGAGCUAAAGCUCUUGAGUUCCUGUCUCGGACGUUGGACUUUGUGGCCCAAGAUGUCUUAAAACCCAGUCAAGUCAGCUUCUUUGGCGCCAUGUUCGAGGUUGACCACAAAGCUGGUAUCAUGCCUUCAGCAACAGCUCUGUCCAGAAUAGUCGUCAUGAAGUCCUUCCAACGCCACAUGGGACACGAUAUCAUUCAGAAAAUCUGUUCUCUGAAGGACGAUUUCCCUCGACAAGUAGCCAAAACUCGACUUGAGAUUUACGAACUCAUAAAGCUGCUCAUGACGACUCCUGGAGUGGCCAAUGAUUUGCAAAACACACACGGUUCCUCUGCUGGUUUCAUGCUCGACUUGGUACAACUUUGCCGAAACGAGCGAGACCCUGAAUGUUUAAUGGUCUGGUUUGGCAUCCUCAGAUUAUUCAUGUCAGAAUAUACAGUCUCCCAAGACGUCUUGGAGGAAGUUUAUGGAGUGUUCAAGCCAUACUUCCCAAUUUCACUCCCCAGAGCAUCCCAGGUUGCAAUCACCCCUGAAGAGCUAAAGCUACAGCUAAGAAAAUGUUUCUCGGCAACCCGGCUGUUGGCCGAUAAGAUCUUCCCUUUUCUGUUGGGCAAGCUUGACCAGGGUGAUGCUGUUACUGUCAAUGUCAAGAUUGAUAUCCUGAAAACAUUGCAGGCAUGCUUGGACGAGUACAGCUAUCCUCAGAAAUCAAUUGCUCCUUACGCCAGCCAGAUUUGGGGUAGCUUGAAGUACGAGGUUCGAAAUGGAGAGAUUGAAGAUACUAUCUGGGGUACACUGGAAGUUUUGAAGUCCCUUACUCAAAGACUCACCGGUGAUGAACUCCGCGACCAUACGCUUUCUGUUACUCGAGACUGCGUCCCAGAUCUGGCAACGACCAUGUACGCUGCAUCCUCUGGUCGGCUCAUGAUCAGUAUCUUGAGCUCUAAAUCAAGCGCAUUUGUUUUGAUGGCAGCCCCUGUUCUCACACAUAUCAAGGAGAACCUGCGACACCCCAAGGCACCUGUCCAUAGCCAGGACCUUCACAAAGUCCUGCACGUCAUACUGGAAACCCGACUACUUCUUACAGACUCCAACAUGAGUGCUGAGGAACGAGAGGAUUUCACAGCCAUCGAUGCCUUCUUCAAGUCUCUGUACAAUGAAGUUUACAAGAGUGCUGUCGCACUCGGUUCCAAACAAGACGCCUCUUACGACGAUUUGAAGGUUGCGACCCAAGCAGUUCAGGGCGCUGGAGCUCUAGUAUGCCAACGGCCUGCUAAAUCCUCAGAUCCAUCAAUCAGCGGCGCAAGCGCAUCAUCGGAGCGACUACUUCCCGAGGAGACAUGUUCGGAAAUUUGCGAAUCUCUCUUUGCGAUACUCAAGAGAUCAGGACCAGGAUAUCCUCGAUCGACGGGAGGUGACGAACUUAUUAAUGAAACAGCCAAGGCACUCCAGCGAGCGAUUCGCUUGUUCCCUCGAGGGUUCAAUGGAAUUGUGAACGAAAGCAUGACAAUCAUUCGCACUGCUAGACAAAAUACCGGAACAGCUGAAGUGGUAGAGACAGUGACGACCCUCGGUGGUCUCAUUGCCUUUAUAGGCUCCUCAGAAUUACCUUCAACGCCCCGCGACGGACUCGACCAUUUCGUUUACUCUGUCAGUGUAUUCCUGUCAGAGCUCUUUGAUACUCUUCAAUCAAAGUCAGAUCCCCAGAUUUGGUGCGCUUUGGCUGCCAUAGUCCAGUCUAUCAUUCGUCAUUUUCACGAUGCCUGCCUGGCAAGCAACCCUGACAAGGAACUUUCAAUUGAAAGCGAUGCUCUGAAGGCCAUCGGCUCUAUAUACACCAGCCUGGGUCAGCUUGGCGAAGGAAAGCCAGCUGAGUCUUCUACAGAAUACCACAGCCGAAUUUCCCAGGCGGCGUCCGUUGCGGAGGUCAGGAACGAGUUCUUGUUAAUCUCUCUGUUUAUCGCAAGGCAGCUUUACCGACAGGCAACCAAGGCCAUCGAAGCGCACCCCCAGACAGGAAAACAAGCUCUAAGCUUGAGUGACGACUUCGCCAGUGCUGAUCAAGUCGCUGGACACCAGUAUCUCCACCUCAUCUCUACACUAGCAGGAUUCGUUAUCCACGAGUUCAGUGAAGCCCAGCAGACAUCACUUCAGACCGAGAAUUUUGCAAUUACCCUCUUCCGAGAUGAUUCUAUUACAAUUCCACAGAAACAAGCCGAGGAACUGCAAGUGCUAGAGAAUGCUUCAUCAUGGACCUGGUUGGCAUCAGAAGCACCAAAUGUUCUAUCCCUUGGUGUGCUGCAAGCCCUGCAACCAUCGGCUGUAGCUCGCCUGUUCGACAAUGGGGUCGCCCAGGAGUUGAUACUUAGUGGAUUCUCUGCAGACACAAACUUUAGCAGGCUAGUGACACUUUCGAUCCUGACUAUCCUCGCGAACAAGUACAAGAUCGAGAGCCUGCCAAGCCUCGUGUCGGCUCUCGAGCAACGCGCUUCGGCUCUGGUCACGACAUCGGCAUCUGAAAACCAAAGUUCUCAUCUGGAACAAAUCACUUCCGUUUAUGCUCUUGUGGCAGGAAUGGUGCGAAGAUAUAGCGGUAAAGAAGCCAAGACUCUACUUGAUGUCGUUAAGGACUCACCCAAGGACUCUCAAUCCGGUGCUGAGCUUGCUCGCCGGCUUGAAAUGAUUGUGACUCCUCAACAGGCACUGACGAAGGAGAACUACGCAAUAGUCAAGCCGCUCUGGACACAAAAGGUCUUCUUUCAGCUGGUCAACCCUAUGCUGCAGGCUGCUACUGGAAAGGAUGCCGAUGUCCAGGACCAACAAGUCAAGGCUAGCUACAGCACUGCUGUUUUGCUUAUGGUGAAGCACAUGAGCUUUGCCAUUUAUGAAGCUGAUGCCGAUAGCAUUCUUAGGAUCUCUAUUGCCGUUGCACAGAGCAGUGGUGUUGGCCCUGGAACCAAGGCUGCCCUCGACGUGAUUAAGAACAUUCUCGCAGAGGCUCCUGAGAAGGGUAAGGGCCACAUUCGAAGCAUCAUCAAGAUUUGCAGCAGCGUGUUCUCAUACACACCUAAGUCUGCAACAGAGAGUGUGGAUAUAGGAGGUGCAUGUGGCAAGCUUGCACUGGAAAUCGUGGGAAGCCUGCCGCGUACUUACGAUUCACAGCAUCUGACACCACAUGCGCCUCAAUUACAACGGCAAUUAACUUUGGUCUGUGGACACCGGGUGCGAGAAGUGAGGAAGACAGCACGGUUGGCUAGAGCGGCCUGGGCGGAUCUCAAGUAA